UGGGUUUGCCAUACUUUUUCGAAUUAAAAUUAGGGGUUUUACUUUUCAGUCCACCCCUAAAAAUCUAAAACUCCACUUUAGGGGUGGACUGAAUAUCCUGUCCUUGAUUGAUGAAUUUGCCCUAAUAUUAUCCACUAUUUUUUUUUUUACUCGAUACUUAAGCCUUUGCAGAUAGAGAUCCUCUUCUUCGCACUGGAAGCCGCAACCUACCCGACAGACGUUGAUGUUGAUGACACAAUGGACCAAUGUUACUCUCAAUCUCUCAUCAUCCCUCUCGCACUUUCUGCUAUAAUUUGAUUAAUUUCUACACCUCUCCCGUAAUCUGGUCGGAAAACGGACCAUUCUCUCUCUCUACCUUAUAGCCAGAAGAAUCUUCCGCUGUUCCAAUGUCCAACUGUGCAAUACUGACGUCAUUCCUUCCGGCGAACGCCAUCACAUAUUCAAGCUCGAAAUGUUUCACCCAUCAUCUUGACACCAGAAGAUCUUUCCAUUUCGGCUUUCAUUCUGUACCAAGAAAACUCGAAGUUCCUUCCGCAAAGAAGCAACUUUCCGAGUCAGAAACCCAGAAAACAGAUGAUAAAUAUUUGUUAUCGACUAAAAAGGAACCUGAAGCUGAAGGGCUUGACUUGGGUUGGUUACCUGCGUUUCCUCAUGUGUUGGUAGCUUCCAUGUCCAAUUUCCUCUUUGGAUAUCACAUAGGGGUAAUGAAUGGUCCAAUAGUAUCCAUUGCUCGGGAGCUUGGUUUUGAAGGAAAUUCUAUUCUCGAGGGUCUAGUAGUCAGCAUUUUCAUUGCUGGUGCAUUUAUCGGAAGCAUAGGUUCUGGGUCGUUGAUUGAUAACCUUGGUUGUCGACGCACAAUUCAGAUUGACACAAUCCCAUUGAUUCUUGGUGCAAUUUUAAGUGCACAGGCUCACUCAAUGGAUGAAAUACUCUGGGGUAGAUUCCUUGUUGGUCUUGGCAUUGGUGUGAAUACUGUCCUUGUUCCAAUUUAUAUUUCAGAGGUUGCUCCAACAAGAUACAGGGGUUCAUUGGGAUCCCUAUGUCAAAUUGGCACUUGCCUAGGGAUUAUUGCAUCAUUGUUCUUAGGAAUUCCUUCUGAAAAUGAUCCACAUUGGUGGAGAAUGAUGUUAUAUGUUGCAAGUGCUCCUGGUUUUUUCCUUACACUUGGUAUGCAGUUUGUUGUUGACAGUCCUCGCUGGCUAUGUAAAGUUGGAAGAGUGGAUGAUGCUAAAGCAGUAAUUGGCAACCUUUGGGGAAAGUCUGAAGUUGAUAAAUCAAUUGAAGAAUUUCAACUAGUUAUGAAAGACGCUCGUAGUGAUUUUGAGAGCAGUUGGUUUGAUCUUCUUGAAGAGCCCCAUACGAGAGUUGCUUUUAUUGGAGGAGCCCUUUUUCUACUUCAACAAUUUGCAGGCAUAAAUGGAGUUCUUUAUUUUUCAUCUUUAACUUUUCAAGAUGUUGGCAUUACAAGUGGUGCUUUAGCAAGCCUAUAUGUAGGAUUUACCAACUUCGCAGGGGCACUAUUUGCUUCAUACCUAAUUGGCAAGCAAGGAAGACAGAAGCUUCUGAUAGGAAGCUAUCUAGGGAUGGCAGCUUCAAUGCUUCUCAUAAUAUUUGGCAUUAGUUAUCCAUUGGAUGAACCACUCAGUCAUGACUUGUCAAUUCUUGGAACUCUCAUGUACAUAUUUUGCUUUGCCUUGGGUGCCGGACCAGUAACUGGUCUAAUUAUACCAGAGCUUAGCAGCACCAGGACACGUGGAAAAAUUAUGGGUUUCAGUCUCUCUGUUCAUUGGGUUUGCAACUUCUUGGUGGGAUUGUUCUUCCUAGAACUGGUGGAUAAAUUCGGGAUUGCUCCAGUUUAUGCAAGCUUUGGCGGGGUUUCAGUGUUGUCAGCAGUAUUUGCUAAAUAUUUUAUAGUGGAAACCAAAGGGCGCUCUCUUGAGGAAAUUGAGAUGGCACUAAAUCCCAAUUUUUCAGGUAAAGAUAAGUAACCGACCAAGUCAAGAGCAUUACAGAUGGAAGCGAAUGGCCAAAUGCUACAUGCAGUGUAGUGGAGAGGAGAGUCCUUGUCAUGAUAUGUGACAAUGCACAAGGAGAGGUUUAGAGAUAUUCCUGCUGUUUUUAGUGAUUGCCAACAUCUGGGUCAAGUCUGUGAUGUUGUAUUGUCUGUAAAAGCAUCAGAGUCUUCCCUCUUUUUGCGAAUGAAUACAUGCUGAGGGAAGAAAAAAUUCAUUCUUAUCUAAGGUGAUAUCAAACUACCUUUAGCUGCUUUAAACAGCUGAAAUUUCUUCA